UCCACAGCAGUUUUUUAGAAACCGGUUGUAAACAGCUAGCAGACGCAGCUGUCACUUUCGCAUUUCUAGUUUUUGUCCGUUUUGACUCAUUGUCAUUUUAUACGGAUAAAAAAAAAACACACCCUGAGCUUGGUGUAAUUUCAGCCAGCGUGCUGUUCAUUCAGUCAGAGAGAGAGAGAGAGAGAGACGCAGACUGCAGGUGAGAGUUGUGGACAGAUGACCCGACCGUCCCCGAGCCUUCAGGAAAAUCCUGCAUCGUAAAACUCUCCCAGUUGUAGGCUAUGUGGAUAUGUAUCGCCACUGCGGCUGAGUCUGGACUUUCAGCUCGUUUCAUUUCGGUUGUUUUCUACCAACUGUAGGCCUCAGGCUUUGCUUAUGGAGAUCCCAGUGGCACAAAUACCCCCGUCCGAGUCUGAAGAGUGUCAGAAACGCUUUCAGGCGGCUGUGGAUGUCAUCCAGAACCUUCCCAAAAACGGUUCCUACAGGCCUUCAUAUGAAGUGAUGCUGCGUUUUUAUAGCUUGUAUAAACAGGCUGUGUGUGGACCUUGUACAGCAUCUCGUCCCAGCUUCUGGGACCCUGUAGGUCGCUACAAGUGGGAUGCGUGGAAUCGGCUUGGAGACAUGAGUCGUGAGAGUGCCAUGGCCGCCUAUGUUGAUGAGAUGAAAAAAGUUGCACAAGAGGUUAUAGAAAAUAUGCCCAUAAAUGAGAAGAUGGCCUCUUUUUACCAUUAUUUUGAGCCACUCUACCAUGUGAUUCAUGAUCUCCCACGACCACCAGAGGCACUACUGAGUCUGGGACAAGAUAUAAAUGCAAAUGAAGCGACUGGAAAUCCAGCAGAGGGUGUGGAUGGCGCUAUACAAAAAGAAAUACCCAGAGAACCAGAGAAAGAGCAACCGUUGGUUUCAGUGUUUAACGAUGUGCCUCAAAGUGAAAGUGCUGAUAUGGCUCUGUCGGACAGUCUGGUGCUGACUAGUGACUCUGAGAGUGAAGUUUUCUGUGACUCAGUGGAGCAGCUGGACUACAUUAAGCCUGUUGCUGAGCCAUACAUUGAGAAUAAUCUGCAUGUGACCUACACACCUGGCCUCCAGGUGACCCAGCUGGGUGCUGGGCAAGGUGGGGAAGGGGCUGGGAAUGGACCACCCCCGAGGAGAAGAGAACAAGGAAGAGAUGGAAUGAGGCAUGGUUGGAGGGAAGCUCCUGGCAGUGUUCCAUACAGCAGCAGUAGACGUGCAGGGCAGCAGGCAACAGGUGGAGGAGGAGGACACAACCCUGCCAGAGGGACUGAAGGAUUUCAGGAUGCACAAGUGCAGGAGCAGAUCAUGCUCGCACUACAGAGGCUUAAAGAAGACAUGCAGAGUGUGAUGGAGAGGCUUGAGGUGGUUGAGGGCUUGGCUGCUGCUUUGGCUCAGAACUCACAGUGGAGACAGAUGCAGUUAACAUCUCCACAGACUGAGGUGGAGAAAUGGUGGCCAUUUGAUGUCUCUGGUCGAACUCUGCUGCUGCUUUUGAUCUGGCCUUUCAUCGCUCAGGGAUUGAUAUUCUGGCUACAGCAGAGGAAGAAAAAGCCUCAGAAGCUUGCGUGUCCAUAAUCUGAAUGUCUUGUGCAAGGAAAAUCAUACUACAUAAUAAUUAGUAUAGUAUUUGUUAAAAGGUUCAGGUGCUUAAAGAAAAGCAGGGAUGCUUUUAAAAUACACUAAAAGUCUCUAAUACAUAAGAAAAAUUAACAUAAUUAAGCAAUUACUUGUGUAACACCAGAUGUAUUAACUUGUGUGGGAGAAAUCGGUUUCUGUGUUUUUAUGAAGAAAUUGCAUCAUGCAAAAGAUGCUUUGUUAGUAAAGUUAUAUUUUGUUAAAAGAUUUUAAUUUAUGCUAUGCGUGGAGAUUUUUUGGCCUUCCUGUAGUUUAUUUCAAAAUGAACAAACCAGUAUUUCAUUUUGAUAGAUUAUUUUGAAAUAAACUCUGGGAUAUUUAGGACGGUUCAUUUGUUAAUUUAACACUUCUCUGAACAUUAAAGAAAACCUUUACAUGGGUUAGAGUGCUACACUGACGUAAUCUAACGUGCAGAAGAACUAAUGUGAAUCUUAAUCUUACUCUCAGAAGGUACAUUAUGCUUGUUCACUGCAGAAACUGUUUUAAUCAUCUUGAAAAUUUUUAAUAUUACGAACAAGUUAAUUAUCUUUUAAAAUUUUAUGUAAAAAAUUCAACUCAUGAAAAUAAAAUUCCACUAUCUAAAAAUAUUGAAAUAUUUAAUUUUUAGUAAAUUAGCAUUCAUGCACUAUUAAUAACGUGUACAAUAUCUCUCAGUCUUGUUCAGUACACACAUGGGGAAGACUGCAUACUUGACAGUUGUCCAGAAGAUUAUCAUUGACCCACCCCACAAGGAUGGUAAGCCACAAGAUGAAAAGAAAGUGUGAGAGGAGGAGGUACACAAGCAACUUUGAUGACUGCAGCAUUAAGAAGAUUGCCAAGCAAAGCUGUUUCAAGACAGAGCUUCACAAGGAGUGACGUGAGACUGGAGUCAGUGUAUCAAGAGCCACCACGCACCGAUGUCCUCAGGAAAUGGACUGCAACUGUUGCAGUCCUAGUAUCAGCCCACUCCUGAACUACAAAUGUCACUGGGUUAGGGAGAAAAAGAAUUGGACCAAAAUCUUCUUUUAAGAUGAAAGUAAAUAUUGCAUUUCAUUUGAAAUUAAGGUCCCAGAGUCUGGAGGAAGAGUGGAGAGGCACAGAGUCCAAGUUGCUUGAAGUCUAGUGUGAGGUUUACACAGUUUGUAAUGAUUUUGUUGAGGCGAGAUAUUAUCUGCUGGUGUUGGUCCACUAUGUUUAAUUAUAUCCUAAGUCAACACAUCCAUUGGCCAGAAGAUUUUGGAGCACAUAAUGAUUGUCUCCUGACAAUCACGUUACGGACAUGCAGGUUUCCUUUUCAUUAACUAGUUUGCUGACCAUGAUAUUACUGCGCUUGAUCGGUCAGCCAACUCUCUUCACCUGAAGUUCAUAGAAAAUAGAUGAAAGAUCCUCAGGGGAAGAUAAGAAACACUGACCCAAAAAUUUAGACGUGCUGAAUGCUGAUAUCAAAGCAACCUGGUCUUCAAUAAUGCCUCAGCGCUGCCACAGGCUGAUUGCCUCCAUGCCAUGCCAUGCUGCAUCGCUGCAGUGAUUUGUGCUAAAGGUGGUGUGACCAUGUAUUGAUAACAUAAAUGAACAUAUUUGUUUUAGAAAAUAUUCUGGUAUUUUCAGAUAUUGGAUUUUUAAUUUGCAUGAGCUAUAAGCCAUAAUCAUUGAAAUUAAAACAAAAAGCUUGAAAUAUUUCAUUUUACAUGUAAUAAAUCAAGAAUAUAAGUUUCACUUUUUAAAUUAAAUUACAAAAAAACAAACAUAAUAUUCACAUUUUUUUUUAGGUCCACUGUUUCGCUGCACAGAAGUUACAGGUUACCAACCCUAUUAAAAAACUUAUUUGUUUACGUCAUUGUUCAAAUGGCCAAAAUGAACACACCAGCAUAACGUGUAGUAUAAUAGUUACCUAAUCAGGAAAGCCUUAAAUUAAACGUAUGGCCUUCGUGUGGAUUUCUGAGUAGGCUCAAAAUAUCAGCCGACUUAAUUAACACUAUAUAUAUUACUGAGAAAUGUUAAAGUAUAAAUUAAAAAUAACAUUUUCAUUGCAUUAUUCCUUUAUCUAAAGU